AUGAUUUCGAUUACCCCAGAAGUUUCGGAUAUUUUCAACAACAUCCAGUCUGAAACUAACGCUGUUUUUACUGAUUCCCCGUCUGCGGCCGAGUCAUCAGUGCAGAUUAUGACACCCACACCCGCAACUCCAGCACAAGUUGGCGACGUCGAGACUCUGCCAUGUGCAGUAUCGUCGGCUCUACCACCGGUUCGGCCUGUCGAAAAUGACAAGUCGGAAUCAAAAUGCAGCAUUCAGUACAGAGAAGCCAAGAUGGUGCGGUUUGGCAGCGAUUCCACGAAGUCCACAGACUUAUCGAUCGAACCCAUUACAGAAUCUUUCGCCGUUUCGACUGAUGAUUCCAGGUCUCCGGCCGAGUCGUCAGUGCAGAAUAUUACACCCGAAACCCCUUCACAAGUUGGCGACCUCGAGACUCUGCAAUGUGCAGUAUGGUCGGCUCUACCACCGGUUCGACACAUGAAAAUACGCACCAUCUCUGCUUCUACGUACUGA